AUGCAAACAAUCUCGAGCUCUUCUGGAUCAAUCAAUGCCGCAAAGAACAAAGGCCAUGGACGAGAUCGUCUUGGUCUGUCUUGCUGUACGGGAUACCCAGAUGGCAACGACGGAAGCAGCAUGCGAAUUGAGAUUCCCAUGACAGUGCUUCAUUCUAUACCAUUUCGACAGUCGAACAUGGGCAAAAGUAGUUUCAUUUCCUAUUCUCUCGUGCUUACGUACGGCUUAAAAAUGCAUAACAAACUUUUAACCGUAUUUCUUGCGAUAUUAUUUGCUCCCCAAGCACUUGCUCUCAUAUGUAAAUUUGGUAGAGGUGCUGUAGUGAAAUCCGAUGAGACUGUGAGAAAGUAUUGUGUUUAUUAUGAAGAAUAUCCUACAGAUGAAUGCAAUAAGACGGCAAUAGGAAGGUUUGGUGCUCUAUCAACACUAGAUGAGAUAAGUGGAAAAUGUACAGCCUAUCACCAUACGAAGCAUUCGCAUGUUGUAGUUGCGUGCUUUUGCCGUACGGAUGGAUGUAACGAAAUGAACUCGAUUGUUUCACUGGUUAGGAAUUCUCGUCAAAAUCCCGAACAGCUACCAACUAUACCUGGUUUAUGGCAUGUGAAUCCAAGUUUUGAUGCAAGAAGACGACGAGAAUUGAUGCGAUGCCUAGCAUAUAAGGACACACACUAUCUAAGAUCAGCGCUUGGCUUGAAAAUCUCGCAGGAACUUAUCAUAUUUGUGGUUGUCGUGAUGAGUCCAAUCGCAUUAUUCCUCAUUCUUGCGUCAUUUCUUCUCCUGUGUAGCGGAAAAUCGAAUAAAUCAAAAAGAAAGGCCAGAAAGCAAUAUGAAGAAUCAGAAGACACGAGCAGAUCAAUUUGA